AUGUCUUCGCCUAAGAUGUUUGUACGUUUCGUUUCGUUAAUUUAACUUUGUUAUACUUUUACCCCGCUCUUUAAAAAUUUUCAUUUGCCUUAAAAAAGGCGUGUAAAAUUUUUUUAUCUACCUCUAUUGAAAAUUUUUUACCACACCCAAAAAAAAUUUUUUAAAAUUAAAAAAAAAACGUUUUUGUGCUAUUUUAAAACAUUUUUUUUUAAAUUUUUUCAAAAAAAAUUUUUUGAUCCACCCCAAAAAAAUCUACCUCGCUUACUGAAAAAUUGAUUUUUCUGCCCGAAACAACCCUUCUUGUAGCGCCUUAUUUAAAAAAAUUAUUUUUAUUCCCUCACUGUCAAAAAAAAUUUUACCCCGCCCUUCAAAAAAUUGGUUUUUAGAACCCUAAAGAACAUUUUUUUAACACGCCAAAUAAAAAAAAUUCUUAAAAAAUUUACCCCGCCAUUUAAUCCACCUUUAAAAAAUUUUUAAAGUUUACCCCGCCCAAUACCAAUUGUAAAGUUUCGUCAUUUUCCAGAUAUGCCGCCAUUUUUUGGGCGGAGAAACAACGUUCGAGACCCUUCUGACCAUGAUCUUUCACAUUCAAAUGGGGUUGGCUGUCAUCUUCACCAUACUUUACGUGACCUACAGACGAAUCACGUUGUACUAUCGGAACCUGCUCAAGUCCCUGCCCACGCUGACAAUGUUAGAGUAUAUGAGGUUGAAGAAGAGGCUGCCGUUUGAGCGUCAGGUCAACCCGGAGCUCGCGAAGACCACCAUCACUCAGGACAGGACUCGAGAAGGUGCUGGAUAUAGUUGUGAUGAAGGUAGUGGUCAGAAGUUAAAGUCCUUUUUCUUGGUUUUUCAAAUUUUUUGAGGAUUUUGGUUUGGAAAGAAAGUUUUUGCCGUUUUUGUCUUAGAAAGAAAGUUCUUGUCAUUUUGUGUUUUGUAAAGAAAGUUCUUGCCAUUUUUUGUUUUGUAAAGAAAGUUCUUGCCACUUUUUCUUUUGUAAAGAAAGUUCUUCCCACUUUUUUGUUUUGUAAAGAAAGUUCUUGUCAUUUUGUGUUUUGUAAAGAAAGUUCUUGCCAUUUUUUGUUUUGUAAAGAAAGUUCUUGCGUUUUUAUUGCUAUUUUUGCCUUCCUGGACAUCUGCAUACUGCGGGUGACAAGUUAUACGAUGAAUGUAAAAAUCAGGCCAUUUUUCGUUUUGUAAAGAAAGUUCUUGCCAUUUUUAUUACCAAAAACAAAUUUUAAAUUUUUUUGGGUUCCGCAGCCUGCAGGGGACAAUUUAUACGAUGAAUAACUGUAUUUUGAUUUGUAAAGAAAGUUCUUGCAAUUUUAUAUUUUGUAAAGAAAGUCCUUACCAUGUUUUGACUUGUAAAGAAAGUUAUUGCCAUUAUUUACUAAAACUUCAUUUUUUAAAAUGUUUUUAAUGAAAAUUUUUCAUUUUGCAGAUAAUUUUAAAUAAUUUUUAGAAUCAGAAGAAGGUACCUCAGCACCAAGUCCAACAAACCAGAUAACCCCUGAAGAUCAGUCAAGCACUCCUGUUCAAGGUAAGCACAAUAUUAACAUUACUAUUGAUUUUGAAGUUUGUAAAGAAAGUUUUUGCCAUUUUAUGAUUUGUAAAGAAAGUUCUUGCCAUUUUAUAAUCUGUAAAGAAAGUUUUUUCAUGUUUUUCGUUUUGUAAAGAAGUUCUUGUCAUUCUUUGUUCUGUAAGGAAAGUUCUUGCCAUUUUUGGUUUUGUAAAGAAAGUUCUUGCCAUUUUUUGUUUUGUAAAGAAAGUUCUUGCUAUUUUUCGUUUCUUAAAGAAAGUUCUUGCCAUUUAUGUAAAGAAAGUUUUUGCUAUUUUCAACACAUAAUGACUAUCCUUUAGAUGAAGCCGAAGACUACGGAAAUAAUUUGAAGCGAACAUCUGGAGGCGCUUCUUUAGAUACUACUUACAGCACGUGGACUGAUACCUCAUUUAUUCAGAAUCAUAUGUUAUAG